AUGAUUUUGAGCCCAGCCAACGAUCAUUGGACGUAUCAGUCUUUCCCGAUAAACCACACAUAUGGAGUCUCGUUGAGCCAGCCCGAUUCACCCAUAGUUUCGGCUCCCUUUGACGCACCACACUCUGCUCGGGAGAUGCCGGCGUCAUAUUUUGCUGUGUGCAUGAUGUCCGAUACCACAUUACCUCUAGACCAAGGGUCGCAUGACAGGUCGCUUUCUUCUUCCACGAUCCCACCCGAACUCGAACCAGCACCGACACAGCACCGACAGCAUAAUGGCAGACCUGCGAGUUUGAACCUGCGGAAGACAACAAAAGCCUCGGGUAAAGGACAACUACCCUCACCCUCAACGAAAACAAAGGCGACUCCCCGAUCCAAAGACUCCAAGACAGUCUCUCCAGCCAGCUCAAGUUCAAUACAACCGCACAAGCAAACGAAGUCAAACGGUCCCAGCUUGCGCACUGCGACCCGCCGGUUUAGACGCACCCCCGAAGCUCCACCACGACCAGGAGAGUUGGCUGAAGAUCAGCGUGCCAGGGAAAAUCAUAAUCAGGUUGAGAAGGAGUACCGGACCAGGCUGCACAAAAGCUUCGAGGAGCUACUCGAAGCACUGUGUGCUUUGCCGGAAGAGGAACGAGUGAUAGCCCGCCACAGCAAAACAGCUGGCGGAAGUGUGAAUGGAGACUAUGACGACGACGACGAACAUAUGGCCAUCAUUGGGGCCCUGCUGGACGAAAGGACUGGUCUUGGAUUGCCCGCAAACAGGAACACAGGGGGCAAAGGGAAGAAGAAACAGAGGAGAAUGAGCAAGGCAGAGGUGCUUCACUACACCUGCCGUGUGCUCAAGUCAAUGGGGGAUGGUAAUCAGAAACUGAAAGAAGAGGUGGAACGUUUGAGGUCGGAACAUGACAUGAGGUUGAAGCAUACAGGGAGUAGCUGA